AUGUCUGUCGUCCCCACGUGCCCAUGUCCCCAUCAUGCUGCACCUCUCCAUCAUGCUGCACCUCUAACCAUCCUUCCAUUCAUCCCCUACCUAUCACAGAGUGCGAGCUGGACAUCAUGUUCCACCUGCCUCUCUCCCUCUCUCACGCCUUUGCCCUUUCUCCCCCCCUCCCCGUGCAACAGUGCGAGCUGGACAUCAUGUUCCACCUGUCUCUCUCCCUCUCUCACGCCUUUGCCCUUUCUCCCCCCCUCCCCUUCAACAGUGCGAGCUGGACAUCAUGUUUCACCUGUCUCUCUCCCUCUCUCACGCCUUUGCCCUUUCUCCCCCCCUCCCCGUGCAACAGUGCGAGCUGGACAUCAUGUUCCACCUGUCUCUCUCCCUCUCUCACGCCUUUGCCCUUUCUCCCCCCCUCCCCGUGCAACAGUGCGAGCUGGACAUCAUGUUCCACCUGUCUCUCUCCCUCUCUCACGCCUUUGCCCUUUCUCCCCCCCUCCCCUUCAACAGUGCGAGCUGGACAUCAUGUUUCACCUGUCUCUCUCCCUCUCUCACGCCUUUGCCCUUUCUCCCCCCCUCCCCGUGCAACAGUGCGAGCUGGACAUCAUGUUCCACCUGUCUCUCUCCCUCUCUCACGCCUUUGCCCUUUCUCCCCCCCUCCCCUUCAACAGUGCGAGCUGGACAUCAUGUUUCACCUGUCUCUCUCCCUCUCUCACGCCUUUGCCCUUUCUCCCCCCCUCCCCGUGCAACAGUGCGAGCUGGACAUCAUGUUCCUCCUGUCUCUCUCCCUCUCUCACGCCUUUGCCCUUUCUCCCCCCCUCCCCGUGCAACAGUGCGAGCUGGACAUCAUGUUCCACCUGUCUCUCUCCCUCUCUCACGCCUUUGCCCUUUCUCCCCCCCUCCCCUUCAACAGUGCGAGCUGGACAUCAUGUUCCACCUGUCUCUCUCCCUCUCUCACGCCUUUGCCCUUUCUCCCCCCCUCCCCGUGCAACAGUGCGAGCUGGACAUCAUGUUCCACCUGUCUCUCUCCCUCUCUCACGCCUUUGCCCUUUCUCUCCCCCUCCCCUUCAACAGUGCGAGCUGGACAUCAUGUUUCACCUGUCUCUCUCCCUCUCUCACGCCUUUGCCCUUUCUCCCCCCCUCCCCGUGCAACAGUGCGAGCUGGACAUCAUGUUCCUCCUGUCUCUCUCCCUCUCUCACGCCUUUGCCCUUUCUCCCCCCCUCCCCGUGCAACAGUGCGAGCUGGACAUCAUGUUCCACCUGUCUCUCUCCCUCUCUCACGCCUUUGCCCUUUCUCCCCCCCUCCCCGUGCAACAGUGCGAGCUGGACAUCAUGUUCCACCUGUCUCUCUCCCUCUCUCACGCCUUUGCCCUUUCUCCCCCCCUCCCCGUGCAACAGUGCGAGCUGGACAUCAUGUUCCACCUGUCUCUCUCCCUCUCACGCCUUUGCCCUUUCUCCCCCCCUCCCCGUGCAACAGUGCGAGCUGGACAUCAUGUUUCACCUGGAGAAGGCGUACUUCAUGCUGGACGAGAUGGUCAUGAACGGCUGCGUCAUGGACACCAACAAGCUCAAUGUGCUCGCGCCCAUCCACCUCAUGGACAAGUCCUCAUAGCCCACCACCCAUGGUAG